AUGACCAUUGUGCUUUCAGGCUACUUCAAGCGCUCUCAUCAUUGGUCUAAAAUCAAUGGCCUUUCUUCUCAAGCACGGCCUCUGUCGACGAAUUCAGCAAUCAAUCGCUCUUUGAGAAAGACCCAGUUCGCUGCAUCAGGACCUCCAAGUGACUCCUGCCAGCCAAAUGGCUACAAGAGGCGCUCUCCCUUUCCCGCCGAACAGCGUUCGCGCAGAAGGCCACAGACUCAGUAUGGUAAAUGGGAUCAAACGGAGUCUAUUCAGAGUAUUCCUUACACAACACCGGCUUCAGUGUUUCUCUACGGGACCUCUGUCGUAAAAGCCGCCCUCCAAGCUAGGAGGCGAAAGUUUUAUAAACUCUAUAUCUACGAAGGCAGCAAUCGAGAAUCGCAAGAAAAUGAGACGAUUAUUCGUAGGCAGGCACGUGAUCAGCGCGUGUUAAUCAAAGGACUCAAAAAUGAUGAAGUCAAGUUGAUGGAUCGAUUGAGUCAUGGCCGACCUCACAAUGCAAGGCCCGCCCAUUCCAUAUCUCUCGUUGAUUAUCUUCUGCUGCAUAUAUUAACAUCUUCGCAGGGAUACAUUCUGGAAGCUUCCCCGAUACCACAACAGCCCAUAAAUGCUUUGGCACCGGUCAAUGCCCUUCAAGGAGACUUAGCCGUCGUGCUUGAUCACCAAUCCCAGGAAGAGAAAGCGAUUAAUGGCGUGAAUUCUGUGAUACAACACACGAAAACUUUUCCACGUUACCCCUUCGUGGCUUUCUUAGAUGGAAUUCUUGAUUCAGGCAACCUUGGUGCUAUCGUACGAUCGGCUUUCUUUUUAGGUGUCGACGCCGUGAUUAUCUCGCACCACCACGCCGAUAUAUCGACUGUCGCCCUGAAGGCGUCAGCAGGUACAUUUGAGUUUUUACCAAGCAUGACUGUGGCCCAUCCCAUAGCAUUCCUCAAUGCCUGCAAAAGCAAUGGCUGGAAGGUCUAUGCUGCCAAUGCUCCGUCCGGCCUGAAGAAGACUCCGGCCAGAAUACUCACACCAUCCACGUUGGGCAAACCAUUAUUGAACCAUCCUUGCAUCCUCGUUUUAGGGAGCGAGGGUGAGGGUCUCCCGUUCAGAAUCCGAAAGACCGCAGAUUUUGAACUUGGUAUCGAAGGAUCUAGAGCGAGGCAAUUUGAUGUUGAUAGCCUGAAUGUAAGCGUUGCUGCCGCGUUGCUUUUCGAAUCUUUUUUGAGGAAACCGGAUGCGGCGCAAUUCGAGGCAACGGCAGACACAAGCAUUCAAAACCAUAAGAAGCGGUUAUUCUGA